AAACAUAGGCCCUGACCUAUUUGUUGUUUGUUAGCAGUUGUUUAGUGUUAAUGCCCUGUUGCCUAUUCAGUCAUGCAUAGUCUCCAGUCUCUCUGUUCUCUGAUCAACAGGCCUUUGUAGUUAUGCAGAGAUUUAUGUAGAUCUUCUAAACUUGUCUUGCCUCAGAUCAUCUCCACAGCAGUGAUGACCUACACCAAACACUUUGACCAGCACGGCCGCAUCAAGGAAAUCCAGUAUGAGAUCUUCAGGUCUCUGAUGUACUGGAUCACCAUUCAGUACGACAAUAUGGGCCGAGUCACCAAGCGUGAGAUCAAGAUUGGACCAUUUGCCAACACAACCAAAUAUGGUUAUGAGUAUGAUGUUGAUGGACAGCUGCAAACAGUCUCCCUCAAUGAGAAGAUGAUGUGGAGGUAUAACUAUGACCUGAAUGGGAACCUGCAUUUGCUAAACCCUGGGAACAGUGGGCGGUUAACUCCUUUACGCUAUGAUCUGAGGGACAGAAUCACCCGUUUGGGAGAUGUUCAGUAUAGGCUGGAUGAAGAUGGUUUCCUGAGACAGCGAGGAGCUGAGAUAUUUGAGUACAACUCCAAAG